GAGAAAACGUUGUUCAGUGCUGUUGUUCUCUCAACGCCGCUGCCGUUGUCUGUCCACACACCACACACUGCCUGCUGCUACUACUACCACUGAGAGAACCCUCCUAUCAGCGUGACACUCAUCGCUCGUUCUUCAAGGGACCUCAUCAGGCAUCAGGUCUUGAGCCAGCCUUCUACAGCAGGCGAAACCAAACCAGCCCCCCCUCCCCAGCUUUCCGGCUGAAAAUCGCGAACAAUAAAGAAUGGUUGGGCGUCCAGGAGGCAGCCGCGCACGGUGGGCCGUCGUGGCCUUGGUAGCGCUCUCGGCUGGGUGUGGUCGGGUGGCGACCGCGACUUCUACGAGUGUGGAUCUUAUCGACCUUUACCCGGAUUGCGAAGGAGAACUGGACCAUAUCGGGGACGGCUACUGCGACGACGCGACGAAUAACCUUGAGGAGUGCGGCUUCGAUGGCGGCGACUGUUGCGAGUGCGAUUGCGUAGUACCAGCGGACGCUUCGGAGGACCAGCUGGCCUACAGCUGCGUACAGUUCUCCUGCGACGACACCUCCUCGGCGUGCUACGUCGUGCCGGCGCCGACUCCGACUCCGGUGGCUGCGUCAGACGACGGGGACACGGUGGAAACGGCCGAGAGUGCGGCAACGACGGCGACGGCGGCGGCCAUCUCGACUACCGCCGCCGCGCUUGCCGUGACGCUCAUCUCCGGAGCUGUGGCGUUUGGGUAGUAGCGGCAGAGGUGUUCUUCGUGCGGGGUCAGCCCGGAUGUGGGACCUUCCUUACUUCUGUGGGCUUUGCCACAGAGUGCUGAGCGAGAGUCUGUCGCUGCUCUACAUGCGACCCUCCCUCUGUGGGCUUCGCUAGGAUGCCGACCGAGAGAGAGAGGGGGGGCGAAGCUGUUUUUUCCCGCUGCCGGCGUGCGCGGGGGGCCUGGCCGACGGCCACCCUUGGGUGUUGAGGCGGUGUGGCGGAGGAGGAGGCGUGUCCAUCGCGGGGGGCGGGGUUGUGGUGCCUGGAACUGCGGGGUGGUUACCCCAGGGCGGGAGCGGGUGGGGUCUGAUUUGCUUGAGCAGCACAGGCGGUGCGGUUGACAGUCCACUGCUGCUCGUGUCUGUGGAGUUGUCCUUCUUUUGUGGCCGCUCUCUUUUUCGGAGGAGGCGUGGUGUUUAGAUGGUGAUGAUGUCGUCGUAAAUGCUGGACGAGUUGCAGGGAAACGUGGUGCUUGCACGCAGGAGGGGUAUGGUUCCCUACGCUGCAGACGCCGAUCCCGAUCGGGACCACGCGCGUGCGUGCGUGACUUCAGUUCGCGGAGUGAACGCACGUUUUGUAUUUCCAGGUGGAAGCGUGUUGUGUAAGCUGGGGUCGGGGUUCGCGAUGCCAAGAACGGGGCGAAGAAAAGUUAGAAGAUUAUGCCGGUCGGUGUCUUGAAAUAACAAAGUAGCCUGCUGUCGAGAGACAAAAUAUGGGAUAAUUUUUUUUCGAAAGGAGACUUUCUCUUGGUCGAUUGUUGCAGCGGACGUUUUGGUUCGGGGGGAGCAAUCUCAUAUCUGCUACCAGCGGGGGGUCGCUCCCUCUCUGUAGGACAUUAGCUCGUUUGUUUCGUCAGGGACUCUGGCGGGAGGUGUAUUUUUUUUCGAAACUUUUGCUGGGGGUUGGCAGCGGCCCGUUUCCCAAGCAUAAGGACAAGGGAGUGGUAGAGGUAACCCCAUGGUGUGAGUUUCUGAGGAUCUAGGGGCAGUCGCCUGCGGAGGGAGGCGGGGCUGUGGAUCUUCAUCGGCGCCCAGUAACUAGCGGGGUUGGAAAAAGGAGCGAGAGAGGCAGCGCACGUAGUCAUCAGCGCAAUAGAUACGGGAAUCAUGUCUCCGGGUGGUAUAUGUCCAUUUUUGUGAUCCUUGGCAGAUAGGUCUUGACGAAAGCGAACGGCGAAGGGUUUCCACAAGCCGGGUGGCGUUUCGUUUCUGUUGCUGCGGCGCGGGAUAGCGAAAGGCGCUGGUGCUAUGACCACGCACGCGAUAUUCUCCUUCCUUUGCUGUAGGGGGGAGGGAUGAGAGCAGAGCAGAUUCCAGUCUUCCUUGUGUGAGGUGGAGUUUCCAAAGUCUUCUUGUGGGAGGUGAGGUUUUCAAAUUGCUGUCUGUUACGGUUGGUUGUUGUGGUUUGUCGUGUUUCUUUUGUUCUUUGUUUUGCCGUGUUAUUGUCGUGAAAAGGUCAGCUCGUUUGUCGACCGUCGCUUCCAGUCUUCGCCUGCCGCCCGGUCUAGUUCAUCCGAACAGCCCUGUGGUUUCCGCAAUGGGGAGCGGUUCCUUCCGUGAAGCAUUCCAGCGAACGAAAACGUUUCACGUGGGGGAAAAGGCAGUGCUUUUUGUUAGUGGUUUCGCGUCCGUAGGCGUGCUCCUUUCCGUUUUCCAGUUCCAAGACGAUGAAUUAUUUUUCCUGUCAAGAGUCUUGUUUUUCGCCGCUGCUGUGCAAAGAGAUUUCAAUUCGAGAAAGAAAUGUCUGGUAAUGAACGACGGGCCAAGAAGAAUGACCACGAGAUCUAGCUUUUCAUGGAUGCCCUUUGAGACAAAGGACAUCCGCACAUUCCCUGCUCAUUCAAAACCAUGUAGACUACGGCGCUGAAGUCGACGUCAGGCUAGUACUUCAUGAAGGAGUGUUGAGGGGGACGCUAGCUGGCGCUAGCGCUCGGGUUGCUAUCCCAUGAUUUGUCGCAGGCAUGGAUGAGAGUCGAGGGCGACGUGGACAGGAUAUUUUUGGUUGUAAUAGGCGUGGUACGCCAAGCUGAUCGCCGUCAAAGUCCGAGACGCUGCUGGUGGCCUUGUGCCCUGAACCCGAGGCCUGGUGCCCCGCGAUCUCCUCAAAAAGAGCCCUGCGCACGUAGGUACCCCGCCCGACAGUAGUCUGCUGGUCGCCACCCCAGCCCCGCGCCCAGUCAAUCUCUUUGAAGGAGACCAGGGUGAGACUCACUCUCGUUUUGAAUAGGUAGCCCGUGACUGUGGUUACCCCGCAGGAAAAAGUGGGCCGCGAAAUAUCCUUGCGUCUUGCGUGGAGUGCUUGCAACACUUCCUUGGUUGGGUACUACUGUAGUAUAGCAAAUCCAACCUGAACCAUCGUUGCUGUGAAACUUUUUGUCGUCUCACUUCGAUUAGGUGCAGCUUGUUUCUGGGCUUGAUGGGGCAUUUUUGAUGGAGACGAUUCUUUCUGCAUGCAGAGACCAUCCAUCCUUCGGGGGGCAUCCAUCGGCCCGUAUUGCUCCGUAGAUAGUUGGGGCACCUCGUUGGCUCGAUUAGCCUGCUCGCUCGGGGUCACGGGAAGUGGCACUGCUUGGGUGUUUGUUGGAGAGGAUCUUGCUCUCCGCGCGAGUGAGUGAGUGGGGAUGUUAUGGAAAUCAUUCACACAUAGAUAUAAUCGCCCCCUGUCUUGCUGCACCCCCUGGGGUGUGGUGCAGGGCGGGGGAUGCCUGGUCGGCGGGCACCCGGCACGGAACCCUCCGGCGUUGUAGGCGGGUGUGGGAAGCGUUCCCCGUUCUCCUUUUAUUUUAUUUUGAUCGGUCUCCUCGACGCUCUUUCUCGUUUGGUGCGGUAGCUGGUCUUUCUUUCUAUCAUUUUGUUUCUCUUCCGAGUGGUUUUUGUACCCUAUUUUUUUCUGUUUCUUCGUGGGGUCGUGUGUGCCGGGUUUUGAGACCACGGGCUCCCAAUCUUUCUUUUUUUAGAGCUAAUGUGAGAAACAACAACAACAACAAUAAUACGUAGGUAGGUGCUCUGCUUGAUGUUGUUGGCUUCUUCGAUGCGACUCAUCAGACUGGGCUAUAUCUCGAGUGGCUAGUCUUUCUGUGUGUGUAUAUUUUUUUUCCUUUACCUUUCAGAAGAAGGGUUCCUUUGUCUAAAACACAUGCAGCAUCCAGCUUCUUGAGAGGAAAGCGAUCGCUCGUGUUCCUCCGAGUACAUGCACAUAUUUUUGCCUACGUUUCGUUUGCGUUUCUCGUGGAUGGUUUUCGUAGGGGGGAGGCCAAGCUUUCUCUCUGCUUUCUAAGUCCCCGUGGGUCACCUUCUUUGAACUUUGCUUCAACGUACAGUACGGUUGUUGUACGUGUUGGCUCCAGAAUAAUUGGGUUCGUGAUAUUAGAUUCGUGUUCACGGGAGAGCGAGACACACAUACAUAGGGGUACCACAGCACCACCACUUCACUGCCCUUCUCGGGUGUGGGGUGCGAGAUAUAUUUUGUCUUGUACAUGCAUGCCUGUGCUCCUCCUUUGGUUCGCCAUCAUUACUGCGUACAAUGAUCUGCCGGAGUGUUGCUUGUUAGUUCACGCGAGACCUGUAUGUAUGUAGUCUAGGCAUUGAA